UGGUUUUGUCUAUGGUUUUGUUCACUUUGUUCUAUCCAUGUUUUGUCCGUUAUUUUUACUUUUGAAAAUUAGUUUUGGAUGGUUUUGGACAUUUGGAAAAAGGAUGGUGCUAGUGAACAAAAAUUAAAGAAAACUUUAUAAUUUGAUGAUCUACAUUAUUUCAUAGUUAAUGAUUUAAUUGACUUAGCAUUGCAAUUUCGUACAAAAAUGUAUUUUGAGAUUGAAAACACACCGGAGAUUGUGAAAAGAACUCGGAAGAAAGAUAUAGUCCAUAAAGGAGUGCCAGAAGAACUUCCGAGACUGAUUCUGGCACCCUUUUCGAAACCUCCUCAAGUAGUUUUCGAAAAUGUUAUUGUUGGAACAACUUGUGAAAAAAAAUUGGAAGUGUUAAAUCCAUCCAAACAAUCGCAACAGCUAUCCCUGAGCAAGUCCCUGCCCCCAGGAUUAAUCAUAGAUUUGCCAGAAUGCUUGGAAGUGGAGCCAGAGACAUGCUACUGUGUGACCAUGCAGUGGACGCCCACACAGCUUGUAUCUCAAAGAGAAACCAUACGUUUCACAAAUGACAACCGAGGACGACAUGAUAUCAUUGUUGUCAUGAAAUCUCUCCUGCCCACCAAAAGCAAGAAUCUGCCAAAAUAUAAAACUUCUCCCGGAAAAAACAAGAAAAAACCAGCAAAGAAGAAGUCACCUGUCGCUAUCUACAAAAAGAAGUGGGAAGCUAUUCAUAGCACUGUAACAGUGCAUACUGUUGACAUUGUAAAAUCAACCCAGUAUAAAGUUGGCAGUGCUAUGAACAAAGAAAAUAACUACCCUGCUGACUAUUCAAUGGAUACAAACAAUUAUCGAAAAUGCCCUUUCGAUUCACAAUCAAGCUUAGAUUUUAAUACGUCGGAAAUCUUUUCGAACGUGGUUCGUCCAAAACCAGUUAUUUCACACGACACUUACAACAAAUCUUCCAGCACAUUUGGAGCUGAAAAAUCACAACCUAUACCCAACAAUGUGUUAAAACCGUUGAACAAACAAGCACGUGAAGCUUCUCUUUCGGACGUAUUUGACAAUAUCACUUUCACUCCACUUAAAAGUGAUAUUGCCCAAAGAGUUCCAUCUAAAAAUGAAAAACUAGAAAUAGGUCCUAAAAUAAUAAUAAGUGUCAACUCUGAGAGUGAUUUCGAUGAUAGUGUAGACAUCAAAAGUAGCAAUAAAGAAAACAAGAGUCAUUCGACUAUAUUCGUCACAUCGCCCCAGCAGAAUAUCAAGUGGCUGGCGACAGAUAAUCUCGCGCAUAACGCUCAAUACAUUGAGUCGCCAGUAAUGACUAACAAAAAGAUUCCAAAUACAUCUUCUCCAACAGACAUGAACAGUCCAAAUUUUUCAAUCAACACAGAUGUUUCGCGAAUCAGUGAAUUGUCUUUUUUCCCACAAAGAUUUUCAACCGAAAGAAAAAUUUUGCCCAAAAUAAAUAAUGAAACUCACGAAAUCGUCGAUGACUCGCAUAAUAUGAACUCAAAACUAAGUUCCGACACCUACACAAAAGAUUCUCCUCUCACGCCGCUCGACUAUCGCGUCAACAAAAACUGUUCCGAGUUCCAGAACUGUCCACCUGUAGCAAAAGAGGCAUAUCCGAAAAUGUGCCGCCAAUCACUUUUUAAAGAACAGCAAAAUUUUAGGGAAUUGAAUGAAAGGAAUUACCUAGCUAUGCCUGAUCUUUAUCCCUGGCACAACGAUCUACGUGCAGAUGUCAGAUCACCCCCUCGCUCGUUGACGCCUCCUUUACGGUCUAUACCGCAAGAAAGUCUGCCUCUACAGCCCAUACUGGAAGAAAGUGUGCAAUUUUCAGAAACGAAAUUUUUGGAUAGAGUGGAUAAACACGCCGAAACUUUUACGUUCGAUUUAACUUUCGAUAGACCUAAUAAUCUAUCUUCAGUAUCUAUGAGUCAGCCAUCGACGUGGUCGAAGAGAGACGUUAGAGCAGAACCGGCGCUGUGGAAAACGCCUGCUCCUAUGGUCAAAAAACCUACAAAACGGAGGGCAACAAUCUCUAACAAAGAAUUACUGAGUAACAAAAAAAACAGAACCAUAGAAACAAAUAGCAGCUAUGUAAAUUAUGUUGGAAACGUUUAUUCUCAGUCUUCCACUGUUGACCCAUUUUUGUCUUCAACAUAUUACUAUGACAAGGAAGCUGUAGCAAAUUUCGAAAAAGAAUUCAAGAGGUGGCUGAAUUAUGUUUUGACUCCACCGGCAGAUUUGAACAGUAAUGUAGAGCAAAAAAUUGAUGUAGGGAAAGCAUGGAUUGAAAACCGAAACAAGGAAGUGCCCCUUGCUCCUACAACGGAGAAAGUAUGCAGUACGUAUCACGACAGCCAUCGAUUGGAAAGUUUGCGACGAUCGGCUCGGGUUUUGUUACGUAGCCCUGAAAAUACCCAAGUGUUCGAUAAGUUACAAGCACAAAUAGAAAAGAAACUAAUCGCUAUCAGAAGCGAUAAGAAUCUUCAUUUAGACAUUGGACUUCAAAAACUAAUAUUGGAGAUCAUCCUCUCUUACAAUCCAUUGUGGCUUCGUAUCGGCCUCGAAGCGAUCUACGGCGUCGUCUUGCCCCUAAAGUCUAACAAUGACAUCGAGGGUUUAACUACUUUUAUUAUUCAACGAAUGUUCAAAAAUCCGUUUUUGAAGAAUAAAAAUUCGAAAUCAUCUGCUCCCAAUAUGCUUCUGCCCGCUUACAUGGAAGCUAUAAAAAAAUUCACUCUCAAAAAAUUUUUUAUCUUAGUGUUCUUCUUGGACCAAGCCAAACAGAAAAAACUUAUACCGCACGAUCCCUGUUUAUUCCGGAGAAAUGCGCUCCACAAAGACAGCAAGGCGAUUCUAAUUAAUUUCACUAAAGAGCUUAUCGCGGGAAUCGGUGACAUCACUAAACAUCUUCGACCGCUCGGCUACGUCGUGAGCCACAAGCAAUCCUACCUGGACGAGUAUAUAUAUGCCGUUAACAACAUAGCAGUUGAUCUUCGGGACGGAGUUCGAUUGACCAAAGUAAUGGAGAUAAUAUUGAUGAGAAGUGGUCUGUUGUACCAACUUCGCACGCCGGCGAUAUCGCGCCUCCAAAAGAUCCACAACGUACAAGUGGCCCUGAAUGCGCUGAAGGAUGCCAACUUUGCUAUCAGCGGAGACAUAUCGGCGGCCGACAUCGCAGACGGCCACAGGGAAAAGACCUUGUCCCUUCUAUGGCAACUGAUACAUGUGCUCCGCGCACCGCUGUUUGAGAAAUCGGCCAACGUCAUACAGAUCUGGUGGCGAAAGAAAUACGAAGUCAUAGUACAGAAACGAAAGGAAGAAGAGAAGUUGCUCGAGCGACGGAACAAAGCCGCGAGUACAAUCCAGUAUUGGUGGCGGCGGAUUCAGUAUAAUCGCAUGGUCGAACAUCAAAUGUAUAAAAUGACUACUGCGGCCAUUAUUUUACAAAAAUAUUGGCGCAUGUGGCUCUGCCGCACCCGGUUCAGAAAACUAAAAUCGAGCGCUAAUACGAUUUCAGAGUGGUUAAAAUGUGUAAAAUUAAAGCGGCAGGCGAUAGAAGCGCUUCAGAUAUUACGAUCUCAAAGAGAAGAACUGAGGCGUAAAUCGGCGACAUUAAUACAAGCCCAUUUCAGGCGGUGGCUGUGUGUUAAGCGAUACAAAACUACCAAAAGAAAAGUGAUACUAAUUCAAAGUGUUGUUAGACGGUUCUUAGCACAGAAGCAAUACUGUAGGCUUAAAAGGGCUGUCACUUUAAUUCAGCGCAAAUACAGGGGCAAAGUUCUGAUUAGAAAAGUGAUGCAAAAUUUUGCUGCGAAAAGAAGUAGUGCUAUUCUCAUUCAAAAUUAUUAUAGGAUGAGCAAGCAACGCAAAUAUUACAAGCAGUUGAAAAAAUCUGUAUUGACCCUAGAAAAGUAUUACAUAAGUCUGAUUAUGAUGAGAAGGGAUAUGAUGUAUUAUUUGAAAUUAAAAGAGACCACAAUAAAACUCCAAGCAUGCUACAGACGCAAUAAAGUGCGAACAGAAUAUCUACGGCAACGCAAUAUAAUUCUAAAGUUGCAGAGAAAAAUCCGAGCAAAUCAAGCGAUGAAAAAGGAUAGGGCUAACUAUUUGAAAAUACGUAAUGCCGCAGUCGUUAUCCAAAAUCAUAUGAGAGCCUAUCAAGCCAUGAAAUUAGAAAGAGCAAAAUAUGUUUUACAAAGAAAUGCCGCUAUACUUAUACAAAGACAUUUCAGAGCAUACUUGCAAAAGAAGAUUCAAAGGAGCCAGUAUCUGCUACUAAGAAAGUCUGUGAUACUCGUACAAACUCGAUACCGUAGCUUAUUAGCAAUGCGACGCGAAAGGAAUGCCUAUUUGGCUCUGAGAAAUUCAGUGCUAAUAUUGCAAAGACGAUACAGAGCUAAGAUUUUAAUGAGAGAAGCACUGUACAAAUAUCAUGAAUUACAAAAGGCUGCACUCAUUAUACAGAGGAGAUUCAGAGCUUUGCUUAAAAUGCGCGAAGAAAGGCUAAAAUACAUUAAAUUAAAAUCCGCCUGCAUUACUAUUCAGAAAGCUUUUAGGGCACACUUGGAAGGAAAAAAACAGCGGCAAAUAUAUCUCAAACAAAAAGAAGCGGCGAUACGGAUUCAAAGAUGGUUUAGAUCCUCAAAAAAGACACAAGAGGUAAAACAGUGGUAUCUAAAAACGAAACAAGCUUGUACGACCAUUCAACAAAGAUUCAGAGCCUUAAUGGCGAUGCGCGUGGAAAGAUCAUCUUUCUUGCAAAAACGCUCUGCUGCCAUAGUGAUCCAAAGACGAUUCAGAGCUCGCCGAAUGAUGUUGCAAGAAAGGGCAAAGUAUACAAAAACAGUUGACGCAUGUAUGAUAAUACAACAGUUCUUCAGGGCAUGUUUGAUCGGCAAGAAACAAAGGGAAACGUAUAUGAGAAUAAGAUUCGCUGCAAUAAUUAUUCAAAAACGCUGGAGAGAAUACAAAAAAAUGAAAGCUGAACGUAAUUCUUACAUCCAAUUACGAACUGCGACCAUUUUUAUUCAACGCUGCAUCAGAGCUAAAAACGAAGCCCGAAUGAUGGCGAAAAAAUUAGCAGUUAACAAAAUAGAGACGUGGUACAAAUCCAACCAACAACGAAACGAAUGUCGCUCGAAAUUUGUCAAUAUUAGAACAAAAGUGAUUACUUUACAGAGAAAAUUCCGGGCGUAUGUUUGUCGCAAGAGAUUCAGAGCUGUUGUGCAGGAACACAGAGCUGUUAUGCAGAAACGUAGAGAAGAAGCUGCGAUAUGUAUUCAAAAGAAUGUCCGGCGAUACUUGGCACAAUCGCGGUACAAGCGAUUCCGUGAAAAACUAAUAUUCGUUCAGACUUUAUGGAGAAACAAGUUGAUCACGCGACUGAUUCGUUGCGAAUUCUUGCAAAAGAGAAGACUGAUUUUGAAAUUGCAAGCCGCUCUCAGAGGAUAUUUGGCGCGCAAAGAGUUCAAAACUAAAAAAGAGAAAUUAUUACAACUAAAGGAAGAACAGAGGAGGAACUGGGCUGCUUCAAAGAUUCAGGCCCUGUUCGUCGGAAACAUGGUUCGCUCACGGGCCGGCGAGCGCGCGGCGGCGUUGCGACAUCGCUGGCGCGGCGGCGCGCUUCAAUCGCGGCAGAAGACGCUGCGGGAACGCAACCAAGAAGCUCUUCGAGUGAUCUUCCAGAUGCCCGACAUUGAUAGUGUCAUACGCGCCUUCAAGAUUGUCCAAUACCUGACGAAAGUGUUACCAAUGAUGUACAAUUCCAAUGCACCGUCGAUAGUGCGGCACUUGUAUUUGUACAUAUCCGUGCUCAACCGCUCCAUCUCCAGUGUAGAAGUGAUGAAGCUCGGCGCCGACGUGCUCGCCAACCUCGCCCGCUACCGGCUCACCGGCCCAAAGAUAUAUGCGAGAGAGCACAUCACUCAGACGCUGAGGAUAAUGUUCCGGUUCAGCAACUCGGAGACACAGCUGUUUUGCACUCUGUGCACGUACAUCUGGCUGUUCACCAAAUAUGAGGCAGUUAAACAGGAUUUAACUGAGUUCCUGCAUAUGCCGGAGAACCACAAAAUGCUAGUGACAAUCAAAGGAAAUGUUGAUCGAAUGAAAAAGAUGGAGAACAAUAGGACUACACUCAAAUCGAGCUCAAUGAAUAAAUCUCUACAGAAUAGGUGUAAUUGUACCGUGCUGCCAGCGCUUGAUCCUGACUAUGGGAUAGUGAGAAAAAACAUGCCACAGUAUUUCGAGGAUCCUCAAAUUGCUAUUAAUUCUUUGUUUGAAGCUUAUGGGUUAUAGUUAUAUAUAGUUAUUAUGGUAAGACAAGUACAAUUAAAAAUUUAUUACCAAUUAAAAAAUCAAUACCAAUAAUAUGCUCAAAUUGAGCACAAUGACUAAAUCUCUACAGAAUAGGUUGAACGUGCUGCCAGCACUCUAUAUUGACUGUGGGAUAUUAUUGCAGCUAAAUAAAUUGUUUAUUGAGAAAAAACAUGCCACAGUAUUUUGAGACCUUUAGAUAGCUAUUAAUUCUUUGUUUGAACCACAUGGGUCACAGUUGAAGACUUAAGUAUAAUCAUUGUUGAUUCGAGAUUUUGUGGUUUAACAACGUAUUAUAAUGUACAUAACGGGUAGGUACCGCGAUUCAUAUAGUGCAUACAUUUGGAGAUCUCACUCGCCAUUGCUCUAUGUAUCAACUAUCUCCGCUUCUCUGUGAUACUCUUCCGUGAUCUGUGUUUCCUACUAAUUACAAUCUUAUCUUUAAAACAGAAGUUAAUAUUCAUCUUACAGUUAAACGCGUUCCAUCUUAGGUCAUAUCAUCACUCUCCAUCAGGUGUGAUUGUGGUCAAGCGCAUGAUUUUGAAAUAACGAUAUUUCAAAAUCAUCGUAUGAAUCGUGGCACGUUCACGUACCCGUUAUUUACAUUAAAAUAAGGACAAUAAAUUAGGCUUAUAAAAGUGGACACAGACAGCAUACAAAUGUUAGAGCAAUCAGGUUUUAUUUGAGGAGCUAGCGAACAAAACGGUGUAAUUACACUUCUGAUCAAAAUGCUUUUUCUUUUCUUUUCAAUUUGGACGUUUUUGGCCGAUUUUACAGUCACGCUGACCGUCGGCGCGUUUCUAUCAGCGAAGAGUGGCUAUGGACUCGCGCCGAUCAUCAUGAAGUUCAGUCUUAAAUAAAAACUGGCUUACCUAUAUUCUUUUUCAUUUUGUGGUAGGUCUCCAAAUAAAGUAAAUACAAUAAAUAGCGUUCAUUUGUGCAUCUUUAUUCUUUUUUUUUAAAUCUUUAUUUAAAAUCUUUAUUCUUUUAAUAAGCAUUUUCUCAAUUGUACUUCAUCAAUAACAUGCCCGGGGCUCGAUUGCGAUAAUAUGACAGUUUUAUCGCUAUUACCUCUGAUUGGUUGACACUCGCUUACUAUUGCCCACAAUGCAUUGUUACAACAAGAAUACCAUAAAUUCAGCCAAUCACAACAAUUGAAAUUGUAAUAAAGAUCAUUGAAGCAGUUUUUCCGCAAUCGACCAGCCGGUGCCUCACGAUUAUCACUUCUUAUUUCUACUGUACUUAUCAGGACGUAAGCUCGGUGACGCUCAAUGGCAGCAGAAGCGCUGGGCUAUCAGUGUAAUGAUGCAUAAUAUUCAACUAUCAGCGCCGACGGUCAGCGUCACUGUAAAAUCAGCCUUAAUACAAAUCUGAAUUAAUUUCCAUAUGAGAAUUUACAUCUCAAUUAGUAGAAUAGUUAACAGAAU